ACGCUCGCUGAGCACGAGCGCCGAAGUCGUGGCCGCGCACGUCGCGUCCGCUUUUUCAAGGCGGGGGCGCGGACGUGCGCGUCCCCGCGGAGUCUUUUGUGUGGCGGCGUAAGGGCAGCGCAAAUACAAUAACCAUGGCAGACGAGAAACCCAAGGAGGGAGUGAAAACCGAGAACAAUGACCACAUUAACCUGAAGGUGGCGGGACAGGACGGCUCAGUGGUGCAGUUUAAGAUUAAGAGGCACACGCCGCUCAGCAAACUCAUGAAGGCUUACUGCGAGAGACAGGGACUGACGAUGAGGCAAAUCCGAUUCCGGUUCGAUGGCCAGCCCAUUAAUGAGACAGACACACCUGCACAGUUGGAAAUGGAGGACGAAGACACAAUUGACGUUUUCCAGCAACAGACAGGAGGCUUCGUCUAAACGUAGAAACUUCACUGCCUCCCACCCUGUUUCUCUCUCUCUCUCUCUCUCUCUCUCUCUCUCUCUCUCUCUCUCUCUCUCUCACUCUCUCACUCUCUCACUCUCUCACUCCCGUCUUUUCCCCUCACAGUUACUCCCGACUGCUGUUGUAUAGCGUGUUGAUGCUCUUCCACCUUAGCAGUUCCUGCUUUUUGUAUAUAAGUGAUUUCUCACACACAUUGAAGUGGCAGCGUGAGCGCCUUGAGAUCAGAAGCCUUUUUCCUUUGGUAAGAAGUGACCACAGACGGUCUCAAAAAGCAGCCCGUGGUCCAGAUCUUUCUGCUGAACCAUCAUUUGUGUAGAGCGGUUUUUACUUUUAAAAACAUUUUGACACCAAACUUAAGCUGAGACCGUUUUUGUCUCGUGUCCUCAAAAGACAUGAAAACAAAAAUCAUUUUGUAUGAAGGGAGCACCUGGUGAAGAUGGGUGCUCUGUAGUACAAGACAAGUCUGUUAUUUUUAUUACUUUUGCUGCUUUUAUUUCAGACAAAUUGGUUUUUUUUUUAUUGUUAUUAAUUGGCAGAAGGUGUGUAAAGUGAAACAAGCCCCAGAUUCAGUAGGUGAAUUGUGAAUAAUAAUAUUAUUAAUAAGUUCUGAAAUUACUGUCAAGCAUCUGUAUUGUCUAAUAAGUCAUUUGUUAAAAUAAAUAAAAACUCUUUUUACCUCA